GGGCUUCUGCCAGCCGCAGGAUGGCCCUGAGUGUCAGCGGCUCAGCUGUGGGGCUCAAGGGGCGGCAGAGGGCAUAAGAGGUUCCCGGGGAAGGUGUUUCCCCUGUCCCAAGCAGAUCUGGAUGGGGGGCCCUUUGUCACCAUGGAUGGGGUACUGUACAAAUGGACCAACUAUCUGAGCGGCUGGCAGCCUCGAUGGUUCCUUCUUGGAGGAGGGGUGUUAUCCUAUUACGACUCACGGGAAGAUGCUUGGAAAGGUUGUAAGGGGAGUAUCCAGAUGGCAGUAUGUGAAAUUCAAGUUCAUUCUACAGAUAACACGCGGAUGGAUCUUAUUAUCCCAGGAGAACAGUACUUCUACCUGAAAGCCAGAAAUGCGACUGAGAGGCAAAAGUGGUUGGUUGCCCUAGGAACUGCCAAGGCCUGCUUGACUGACGUUAGGACCCAGAAGGAGAAAGGCAAGCUCUUCUCUGAGUUUACAGAAAACACAGAAGAGUUGAAAAAAACAAUGGAAGAACUUAGACUAUAUUGUGACCUCCUUGUUCAGCAAGUGGAUAAAACUAAGGAAAUGGGCCUAUCUGGUGUAUCAGAAUCUGAGAAUGGAAUUGAUAUGGGAGCAUUGCUGAAAUCCACAUGUACCACAUUCCUGAAGACUCUUGAAGAAUGUAUGCAGAUUGCCAAUGCAGCCUUCUCUUCGGAAUUGUUGCACAGUAUACCAUCCGGGUCUCCACAUUUGGCUGCUCUCAAAUCAAACAAGCUCAAACCUCCUGGCAUACCUAGUCACACUAUAUCAGAAAGGCAGAUGGAACUGAAAAACUCUGGAAAUGGAUCUAUAUAUGCAAUCUCUAACCUUCGUGAGCAAACCUUGAUUGAUAACUGGACACCUAUACUCCAGAAAACAGAUGAGAUUAACUGUGAAGUAAAUGCUGAGGAGAAUUUGACAGGUGAUAUCAAUAAGGAUGGCGAGGACCAGCUUCUGCCGAAAGAGGAGAAUCAUGAUUGCGAAUCUUUCCAGCCUGAGGUCGAGUCUGCAUCCCAGUCAACAUCGUUGCAUUUGGCAGAAAGAGGAGAUAAGGACUUUCCUACUUUCUUUAGUACCAUGAAGAAUAGAUUCAAUGAUAUUGACCUUUUGGAGGAUAGUGGCAUACCCACAGAAGAAUUUCUGCAAGCAUGUUAUGCAAUAGUUCCAGUCUUGGACAAACUUGGAUCCACAGUCUUUGCUCCUGUUAAGAUGGACUUUGUAGGAAACAUCAAGAAAAUCAAUCAGAAAUAUAUAACCAACAAAGAUGAGUUCAGUACUCUUCAGAAAAUUGUCCUCCAUGAAGUGAGCAAUGAAGAAGCCCAAGUUAGAAACUCUGCAACAGAGGCUCUCCUCUGGCUUAAAAGGGGUUUAAAAUUUCUGAAGGAGUUUUUAACAGAACUAAUGAAUGGAGAAAAGAAUAUUCAAACAGCACUGAAUAAUGCUUACGGCAGAACACUACGACCAUACCAUGGGUGGGUUGUCCGUGGAGUUUUUGCGCUAGCUUUAAGGGCAUCCCCCACCUAUGAAUGCCUUGUGGCUGCACUGUCUGUCGGAGAAUGCAAUAAUCACGAAGAACUUUUUAAUAGAGGGGUGCAAAGGGACCUCCGCAUCUACCUACCAGCCAUGGGAAAACAGCUCGAUGUCUUGGAUGCACUGUAUGAGGAACACGGGCUGGAAUCAGACGAAGUGGUGUGAUCUCCAGCCAAAGCAGUGCCUCACAAAUUCAGGGAUUGUAUUUGUUAACAUAGCUUUUUCCCCAGAAGGCUAUUUCUGUUUCUUU